CUGCCUCUGCCACCUUCGUCCCUUCCCUCCCUCAUCUUUCUCUCCUCUCUCAGUUCAGUUCAGUAAGGUGUGCCGUCAAGUCCAGUAGAGUUUGUGCUUGUUUUUUUUUACUCUCAAGAUGUCCUGGAAUCAAGUCUUAGUGGUCUCUUUAGUGACCACCCUCCUCAUCCUGACCUUUUCCAGUGUGGUGGAAAGUGCGGCAGUGCGGGACAACUCAAAGGAAGACGAUCCUAAAGGGGCACCACGGCAGGUGUUCAUGCCCGAGUCGGACGCCACCAACUUUUUCAAACGCCGUAGUCGCCGCUCAACCCGAUACUAUGAGCUCCAAGCCGAGCAGAGGGUAAAGAUUGCUGCAAACGAACGAUGGAGGGAAUACAAUGAGGAGCAGGUGGAUGAGCACGACACCUACACCAGGGAGCUGCAUGAAGAGCAAACUGAGAGAUCAAGAGAGACGCACGAGCAGUAUCGAGAGUAUCAGUACGACGGCCUCUAUCCUCGCUACUACUGGUUCCACUGAGCGCACUGUGUCGCAUAGAGGGCCGGGUUACAGCACCUCUCCUUGGUGCAGUGCUAAUACUGCCAUCACCUGUAGCUACCAAAGGCAGUCAUGUUCAUAUUUCUACUUUAAGCUACAAGAAAAAGGUUUUCUUUAAUUUCUAUUUUUUAUGAAAACCUUAAUUGUGCAAUAUGUCUCCACAUCAAACUGUAUAAUGUAUUAAAAGUGCAGUUUUUGUAUUGUAAGCUAAACUUCUACUACUAUCAUAUUAAAUGGAGGCUAUAUGUUUUGCAUGCUUCUUUACUGCCUCUGCUACAUGUACAUAUAAGCUACACAGAGUGUCCUUUAUAUCAGCCUGUGGUAUUAGCAGCAAUAUAUCAACUCAGUACAUUAACAGCGGACUUUGAUAAUCGCUUUAUUUUUGCAAAGAACCUGACUUUAUGUCUUUAAGUCAAAAUGACAAAUAAAGAUGAGGUUCCUGAUUCCCAGACCUCUGAUGUGUUUUAA